AUGGAAGCUAAUCGCAAACUCAAUCCUAUUGGUCCUCGCCAAUUAGGGUCUGAGAUGAAGGGAACUUUGCAAGCUGUGGAAAAACCUUCUAAAUGUGGUAAGAAGAAGGAAGAAAAGCCUGCUGAUCUAGGAAUGGAUGCGUCUUCAAAAGUUGACAGAUUAAUGAAGGGUGAUAAGGGGGGAUCCAAAAAGAGGAAAUCAGAGAAAGGGGGAUCUUCAGCUCAUCCUAAGAAAAUUAAAAAGAUGGAGAGAAGGUCUACAUCGGUUGAUGAUGAAGAAGAAGCUCAUCUUGAGGACUCACCAAGAGGAGACACACCUCCUAGAUCUCCAACUCCAACUAAUGAUCUCCAUACCAAGACCCUUCCUCUUCUCCUCCCAACCGCCAUCACCAAAGAACCUUCGGAGCAGCCACCUAGUCCCACCGCUGGCAAGACGAAGAGACUCAAGGGAUUAAGAACUCGUUUGUGGCGGUGUUGCUGUUUAGUACCGCCACCUCCAUCGUUUCCGGGUGGCAUUGACUUUUGCAUUGCCAUCAAUAGAAACCGAGCAAAGGACCCUCUUUUGUUGCCGUUCGUUGCUACCAUUGUUGCGCCGCUACCGUCGAUGGUGGACUCUCAUCGUCACCUUCCGCUGCUAGUCGUUGAUGCUGCCGUUCUAGUGGCCAUCAUGUUCCAGCCACGACUUCUCGUCGUCGCCAAUGCAGCCCUCAUGUCGCUCCGAUUGUUGCUUAGCGUCCCAAGGGACGACCAUGCUUGUAUUUCACAAGGUUGCGAGUGCGUUGCUGCUUCAAGUUCGAGUGAAGUGUGGUCGUUUGGUCUAGCCAGAAAUCAAGAGCGAGCACCGCCACCACCGGCCACCAUAAGGUGUGUUGGGUAUAUGGUGUUGCGUCUUGGGGUCGUCUCUUAG